AUGUGCGAUGAGUUUCAGGAGAUUCUCAAGGCAGUCAUUGCACCAAAGAGGGGCGAGUCCAAUGCAGCCUACGGCCGAUCCGAGAUCAAUGUUCCACAGGCAGUGGACUUCUGCAUGCGAAAGGCUGCGCAGAACGCCUCUGGUGAACUCUCCUUCGAGGAGUUUAGCUCUUUUCUGCGGGUGCUGCGCAGAGCCGGCGCCAGCAGCCGCAAAGCCGAUCUCAUCUUCGCGCUUUUUGACCUCGAUCAAAGUGGGUUUCUGGACAAGGAGGAGUUUCUGGAGGUCUAUCGCUACUUUUUGGGGCACCGACCAACUGUCGACAAGUUCGAGGAGGAAUGGGCAAUACUAGACGAGAAGGUGGAAGGACAUGUCAGCCAGAAGCGAUACGAUCGAUGGCUGCGCGCGAGCACGAAUCCGGUCUUCAAGCCCUUCGCUCCGCCUCCUGAUGACGACGCCUUUGCAAAGCAGCCCAAGUUCUCCAAGAAGGAUGCAGACGGGCUUCUUCGACUCACAAAGCACAAAAGGAGCCAAUGGCGACCGCUUUGGAAUGAGCGCUGGAAUUGCCAAGACAACUCCCUUCUCAACAAGGUGCUGAUGCCGCGCCAGAAGCACAUGUUUUCUCGAGUUCAGUCAGAAACGGAGCUUCGAAGGUUUUAUGCUCGGCACCCCCGAUGGGAUGCUCAGUAUGAGAAGCUGGACAUGCCUGAACCAGUCAGGCCACAAACGAUGCUUACUGCCGACAUCCCGCCUUUGCUGCCCGAGCGGCACUUGCCGAAUGGCAGGAUGCGAAAUCCGCAGACGGGGCAGCAAGAGCAGUGGGACGAGCACUGGCAGCUGCCAAAGAGCGCCCACUUGACGCGAAAGUACACACCAGGAUCCAUACACCUGCGCUGCAUGGGUCGUCCACCUGACCACCUCGUUCGGGGACGGGAUGACGAUGAGGAUCCUUUGAUGUGA